AAAAUGAAUAUGAUAAAGAAUUAGAUAUACAAAUAAAAUUUCCACAUAAAAAGGAUCAUCAUGAUUUACAAAUAUGGGAUGAUGAAUAUGAAGAAGAAAAACAAUAUAGCGAACCAGUUCCAUAUAUAACCAUUACAAAUAUAGAAGAAGAUUCGGAUGAUCUAAACAAAUCCCUUAUAAAUGAUAAUAUAUACAAUGAAGACAAUUCAACUAAUAGACCUUUAAAUGAAGAAGAACAAAUCGACAUUGCCUUGUCUAAAAUAUAUGAGCUUGAGGAACAAAUGAAAAUGUUUAAGGAACAUAAUGGAAAACAAAAUUUUAAAAAGUACUUGAGAUGA